CCCACUUUCAUUGCAUCAGCUCUCAACGACCAUCUCAACAACUCACCACCAUGGACGUAGCGGAUGAGCCCUAUGAUUUUAUGACCUGGCACAGCAAUGCUCCAGUGGUCAAAGACGAAAAGAAAGAGAAGAAAAUGCUGAAGAAGCAGGAAAAGGAAGAAAAAGCAAAGGUGGAAAAGGCGGCGAAGAAGGAAAAGAAAUCAACUAAGGAUACCAAGAAGAGGAAACGGGCGCCAUCGGAUGACGAGAGCAGUGACAGGGAUGCGGACGAGGACGCGGAUGAGGUUCCAACGAAGAAGACCAAGUCCACCAAAUCGAAGAAGGCAAAACCAGUAGAACUAAAUUCAGAUUCAUCAUCAUCAGACUCUUCAUCAGACGAGUCCGACGACCCCGAUACACAACCACCACCAAAGUCCAAGAGAAAGAAGAAUAAGAAGAAAAAAUCCAAAAAGAAGGCUGGCGAGGGCGAGGACGACGAAGCAGAGGCGCCCGAGAAUGAAGAUGAGGAUGAGGAUGAAGGUAGCGACUCUGAGAAGAAGAACAAGAAGGACAAGAAGAAAAAGGAGAAGAAGGAAGGGCCUGGACGCAAGGGUGAGUUUGGAAUCUGGAUCGGUAACCUCUCCUUCCUGACGACCGAAAAGGCUAUGCGACACUUUUUCAGAAACGUCGGCGCCGAGAUCACACGCUUGAACAUGCCCACAGGAUCAGGAUACAACAAGAAGGGCAACAAGGGGUUCGCAUACGUUGAUUUCGCCUCAGCCGAGGCACAGGCCAACGCUAUCAAGUUGUCAGAGUCAGAACUGGAUGGGCGCAAAGUACUGAUCAAGUCAAGCAAGUCUUUUGAGGGCCGUCCCGCGCUGUCGAAGGCCGCCGUUCAAGAAAAGUCCAUGAAGCAGAAGCAUGCGGUCUCACCUACGCUCUUCAUCGGCAACCUGUCGUUCCAGACCACGAGGGAGUCCUUGCAUAAGCUGUUUGAGGAUUGUGGAGAGAUUCGUAAAGUGCGCCUGGCGACCUUUGAGGAUUCUGGUAAAUGCAAAGGAUUCGCCUAUAUCGAUUACAUGAAUCCGGAAUCAGCGACAACAGCACUGACGAACCCAGCCAAGCACUUUUUGGACGGACGCAAGCUCAACAUCGAAUAUGCUUCUGCGGAGGCCACGUUGAAGGGCAAUCCCAGGGAGUACAGGAAACACAAGCGCGAUGCAGAGGAAGCAGAUGCGGCAAAGUCCCGUGGCGAGAUCCCAGCCUCACACAAGGAUGGCCUCACUACGGGUGGAGAUGGCGCCGGCGAUGAUACAAGAAGUUGCAGGGUCAUCAGCGUCCUGGGUUUGCGCUCGCCAACGCUCAAAGACAGACCCAGAGUAUUGUGGAGUUUAAGGGAAACAAGGUUACUUUCUGAGCGCAACAUAUUUCCUUGUUUUGUCAUUGGUACAUCCACAUUCGCAUCCACAUAACUGCAUAGAUAUCCCUUUGGUAAUAAAGAAAUG